UCAAUUGUUAACCAUAGUAGAUGUUGAAUGAGUCUUCGGCUGGAGGGGAUAGUGAAGAGCCAGUCCCUGAUGACAAUAUAGAAUACGUGCUCCUCAAUAAGCCGGAAUGCUAUGUCUAUAAUGUGCCCCCAUCGACUAGGGGGCGGGGGCAUAAGGCUGGCGAGUGGACCAACUGUAUUUGGCGUGGCCGACUGCAGGUAGCUGCGAAGGGUGCAGUACUUGUGAUAAAGUUUGUCGAUGCGAGUACUGGAGGUCUCUUUGCGGCUUGUCCGAUCGCCCCGAAUACGCCUAUUGAUAAAGUGGUGGAACGGACGGUUGAUUCUAGCCGGUACUUUGUAUUACGACUGAGCGAUGGUUCGGGUCAUCACGCUUAUCUGGGGGUCGGAUUUGAGGAUCGCAACGAUGCAUUUGACUUCAACGCGUGCCUGUAUGAUUUCGAUCGCCAGCGGUCUCAGAUGGGACCGAGUAGUGUACCCACGCCCGGAGCUGCUGGCCAGAAGGAUCUGAUUAACCCUCUGCGUGAGAAGGCCCGGCAGGGUGAGGGUAAAGUGACUGUUCGACUGAAGGGAAUGAGUACUACACAUCAGCGCGCGGCUGGAGCAUCCCCAGCCACUGCCCAGCAGGGGCCCUCGACAACAGGGGCGAGUGAUGGUUCGGAAGGGCCCGACCUGGGCAGCUUCCUUCCCCCGCCCCCCAUGGCUGGACGAAGUCGUCAUGGCGGCAGUCACCGUAGUAGAAGGGCACCUGCAUCGGGCACCUCCCAUGGAUCCGUACAAGUGUCCACUGUGGAUGAUCUCCUUGAUUUCAACGCCAGUGGUCCGCCGACCCAGGGCCCUCCCGCCCAACAGGAACCUCCGCUUGAUGGGAACCUGGAAGCUCCGAAUGCGGCACCUAAUCCAUACACACAGCCUGUCCCAGGGUAUGCCCUUCCUCCACAGGGCACGAUGGCUUCCCCCUAUAUUGGGCAGCCGGGGUAUGCGUAUCCUCCGAUGCAGGGCGCGCCUGUGGGUGGGCCGCAGUCAGUAGCAGCAGCAGCAGCUCCUCAGCUCGCGAUGCCAUCUCAAGGGCAGUACAGUGUACCCGUCCCUCAACCUUUGCAAGCAGCCGGAAAUCCACCACCCGUACAGGUCGAUUCGGCUAUGUCGGAUCAGCAGGCCCAACAGGGGAUGAGCCCGGCGGCACCUGCUCCAGUGGGUGAGGCUAGUGACACAGUACCCGAUCGAGCAGCAGCUGAUCCUGAUAGCAGUCAUAGUGAAGUGGCGAUAGGAAAGCAGGACAGUGGUGAUGCAUCCGGCCAACAGGAGAAGGCAGGGGAUAGUAUUGGUAGUGUGCCGCAGUUCGCUGAGAACGCGCAUAACACGCAAACGCAGAGGGAUGCGACCGACAGCAACUCGCCGCAACUUCCACCUGACGAGAACCCCCAACAAUGACUCGUCCGUUCGUGGGCCUCUCCCGCUCAUGAAUGGAGUUCACCGUCGCGUAACCG